AUGUCAAUUUUGCCUUUCACUCCCCCCAUUGUCAAAAGACUUUUGGGCUGGAAGAAGGGAGAGCAGAACGGCCAGGAGGAGAAAUGGUGUGAAAAGGCAGUGAAGAGUCUGGUGAAGAAGUUGAAGAAAACCGGGCAGCUGGAUGAACUGGAGAAAGCCAUCACCACGCAAAAUAUCAACACGAAAUGCAUCACUAUACCGAGGUCGCUGGAUGGCCGACUGCAGGUGUCCCACAGAAAAGGUCUGCCCCAUGUCAUCUACUGCCGUCUGUGGCGCUGGCCCGACCUGCAGUCCCACCAUGAGCUGCGGGCGAUGGAGCUGUGCGAGUACGCCUUCCACACCAAGAAGGAUGAGGUGUGCGUCAACCCCUACCACUACCAGAGAGUAGAGACACCAGUUCUCCCACCAGUUCUGGUGCCCAGACACACAGAGAUCCCCAGCGAAUUCCCACCUCUGGACGACUACAGUCAUUCAAUCCCCGAAAAUACCAACUUCCCCGCUGGCAUUGAGCCCCAGAGCAAUUACAUACCAGAAACGCCUCCGCCAGGCUACCUCAGUGAGGAUGGAGAGACCAGCGAUCACCAGAUGAAUCACAGCAUGGACACAGGCUCCCCCAACCUGUCGCCCAACCCCAUGUCACCCACACACAGCAACCUAGACCUUCAGCCCGUGACGUACUGCGAGCCGGCGUUUUGGUGCUCCAUUUCCUACUAUGAGUUGAACCAGCGGGUAGGGGAGACCUUCCAUGCCUCGCAGCCCUCGCUGACUGUGGACGGUUUUACGGACCCCUCCAACUCAGAGCGCUUCUGCCUGGGCCUGUUGUCCAACGUCAACCGCAAUGCUGCCGUGGAGCUGACGCGCAGACACAUCGGCCGGGGUGUGCGGCUGUAUUACAUCGGAGGAGAGGUGUUUGCUGAAUGCCUCAGUGACAGCGCCAUCUUUGUCCAGAGCCCCAACUGUAACCAACGUUACGGCUGGCACCCUGCCACUGUCUGCAAGAUACCUCCAGGCUGUAACCUGAAGAUCUUCAACAACCAGGAGUUUGCCGCCCUUCUGGCCCAGUCAGUCAACCAGGGCUUUGAAGCCGUUUACCAGCUCACCAGGAUGUGCACGAUCCGCAUGAGUUUUGUCAAGGGCUGGGGAGCCGAGUACAGGCGACAGACGGUGACCAGCACCCCCUGCUGGAUCGAGCUGCACCUCAACGGCCCCUUGCAGUGGCUGGACAAGGUGCUCACACAAAUGGGCUCCCCCAGCAUCCGCUGCUCCAGUGUGUCCUAGGGAAACCCUCCUCCACCCACUUCCUGUACACCACAUCUCCGAUCAGUGAAUUGACUAAAAAACACACAGACUGAAUGCUGACGAGAACGGCUUGGCAAGAAUAGAUAAAUGACUAAACUCCCCCGAUUCAGCCAAUCCUCAUUCUGCAACCUACUCCUUCCUCCCCACCAGCUGUUGGUAGCACUUUUUAUAUACAUGUUGUUUGUUGCAAAAGGGGACAAGUGCAUUAAUGCAGUACCAUGUUAGUAUGGUCUCCACGUUGUGUCCGUAUCUAUUUUGAUGGCAAUUUUUAUAUGUUUGAUAUUGUUGGCAUCUAAAGUGCCAGACAGGCUGUAGCAUGGGAGUAGAAGUUUAAAAAAAAAGCAAGAGAUUCUCCUUUUCUUUCAUUUGUUAUGUAAAAUGAAUUUUUAUUUUUUCUUUGGUUUUUUUUGUACAGACAAAACCUGCAAUUAUUAGACGAGUGGAUUUUUGAAAAUAUGAUUUUUUUUUUUACUAUCACGGCAUGUGUAAGAUCACGUUACACUCAUUUCAGUUGACUUUGUCUCUGUGUUGGGCAUUUGUUAGAUUAUGAAGACAUUUACAAAUGUGACCCGGUGAGAUGGAUUGAAAAUGCAUGAAUCAAUGGCAAUGUUUUUCAGUUACCACUUGAAAGCACCGCGUGAAGGAAUAUACUGUAAGUGACGAGGUUUCUAUCAUUCUUACAGCCCAAAUUACCCCAAUCCUUUUCCGUGUACAGUGCUAAGGACAUUGUGCUUGAUUACAUAAUUGUAGGUAAACAAUACAUGGAGCAUUGUUAGCUACAGCAGGGUCUCAUCUUUCGAUCAGUUCCCACUCCUACUGGCCGGUUCAAACCUCCCCACCAAGCCAAAAAAACAAAAAACAAAAAACUAAUCCGUCUCACUGGAGGCAGACCAGAUCUGUCGCCUGCCAGUGGCACAGUGGUUUGGGCCGUGGAUUUGAACUGCAGGCCAGAUGUCUCUCUCUGACUAAGCAGUCUGACGCUUCAGGACAGUUCUCAGAAAGGAGUUGGAUCUCUUGAAACCCCCAGAAAACCAUCAGUGACAUCAUCAGGAACACAAUGUACCAGUUAAAAUGUUACGGAAUACAUAUUAGGUAGUGUUCAUUACGAAUGCGAUUAUGGUUCAUAGCUGGACUCGGGCUAGUCAGCGGGUGCUAUCAUGUGAAAUUAAUAUCCUGUGAUAAGUACAGGAAAGCUUUGCCAAUUUGCAGUACAUGUUUUCAGUGUUUUCAUGCAUAGUAAUAAACAUACAGUAGGCAUUUACACACAGCUAUAGACCCUUCUGGAAAACUGUAAAUUAAACACACAGUGUACAUUUGUUGACACACUUGUGACUGAGAUGAAUGCUCUGCAGAAGGCUUUGAAAUGAAUGAGAGUAGGAGCGUGUCGUUGCUAUGUAAAUGUGCAGCCCCAGCAGUCCUUAACAUUGCUCUUGUUUUCAGCCAUUGUUUAUGUUGUUCUGUUUUAGAGUUUUUUUGUUUUGUUUUUUUGUAUGCACUCAGGACUGACAAGACAAACUGAAUUAUGUACAGAAAUCAGUGAAAACGAAAGACGCUUGCUUAUUUUCCAGGACUCUUCAGACUUAGAAGUCUAUUUUGCUAUCAUAUAUUUUUUGUAGGACUACAAGGGGAUAAUGUGUUGUUGAUGGCAUCUUCUGCCCCCAGUGUUUGACAUUACAGUGUAAAAAAAAAAUACUGCUGGCAGGUCUGCGGAUGCUAAUCUUGUAUUUUUCUACCCGUGAAGAUGAGGCCGUUUUAAUACAGAGCACAGGUUUUUUUUUUUUUUUUUUUUUUUUUUUUACAAAGGGAAAUGUUUAGAUAGAGUUAUGUACAUAAUGAUAGCUCCUCAGAGUAUAAUGUCCCUAUUUUUUUAAGUAUCUGUGUACGCAUGUACAUGUACAUUUGUGUUAAUAUGCGACCAUUAACCUUUGUAAUGUUGAUGGUUUUGGCAGCAAGGCAACAGUGGGAAAGAGGUCCAACUUUGAAAAAAAAAAAAAAAAAAUGUUGAAAGAGCUAUUGCUAAAAUUAAAAAUUGAAGUCUUAGCUUUGGACCCAUUUCCUGUCACCCUUCCUGCUGUGGAAGUGGUUUUGGCUUCCUUCUGGUGCAACCCCAAAUACAUAACACUAGACAAUGUCAUAGUGGGUAAAUAUGGACAGUAUUUUGACUCUUUUUACAGUGCUUGUUAUACAUUAACUCAGUGUCUGAUGUUAAUGCUAGCCCAGUGGUGCUAAUCUUUAACAUUGUAGGGACUUGAGAGAACUGUAAAGCCAGGGGAUUGUACUUCUAAAGAUGGUGUAAUUCUAUCACUGUUUAAGUGUUUGCUGUUUAUGAUGAAUCACACCUGCAAAAUAUAGUGCUGCAUUGUUUCAGAAACAGUAGUAUCUACCAGUCUGAAACAACAGAGCUCUUUGUAGGGCUUUCCCAAGUGUCCACGAUAGCAACGAUCCUAAUCCCAAUGGGUCCUUUCAUCCCAUGUUCAAUGUAUUUACCCAGUAGGGAAUAUUUUGCAAGUAAAUUUGUCAUUUUUUAUAUGCUAUUCAAGAUAUAGUGCUUGUGUUUUUCUCUUGGUUAAAUUGUUUACUGUAAUCGGUAUUAGUUGUGAUUUGUGCUUUUGUGCUCUGAAUUGGUCUUCUAGAUGUCUUUUGUACAAAACUAUAUCCUUUUUUUCCCCUCUGCCUAUGAAAUGCUGUUGAAUGUUGAUGUGAUGCAUUGUAUUUUUGUUUUAUUGUUGGUCUAUGAAUAAAAUCUAUAUCUUGUGGUGAUA